GUGUCGCCACCUCCUUUGUCUCCGGCCCAAAAUUUCGACACCAGUGGUUGUCUUUUUUUCACCCGUUUAGUUUUGAGGAUAUAUUUAUAUAUAUCCCUAUUUUUUGACAUUGAAUGACAUUCGACUCUGAACUAUUUAUGCCUAAAAGUAAAGCGCCAAAAAUGGAUGACCUGGACUACAUCCCAGUAGACCUGAGCCCAGAGGAGCGUUCUGAGCUGGAGGACAUCCGUAGGAGGAAGGGCGUCCUGCUGCAGGAGAUCCAGAGGCUCAGAGAGGAGUUACGAGAGGCAAUUUUAGAGGUAGAGGGACUGGAGACAAGCACAGAGGGCAGUAAAACUCUACAGAAAAGUAGGCAUGUGGCAAUGGGAAGGAAGAAAUUCAACAUGGAUCCUAAAAAGGGCAUUGCAUUUCUGGUGGAGAAUGAGCUGCUCAGACACACUCCAGAGGACAUUGCUCAGUUCUUAUACAAAGGAGAAGGCCUCAACAAGACGGCUAUAGGAGAUUACCUCGGAGAAAGAGAUGACUUCAACAUCAAAGUCCUGCAGGCUUUCGUUGACCUCCAUGAAUUUACUGAUCUCAACCUCGUCCAGGCCCUCAGACAGUUCCUGUGGAGUUUCCGUUUGCCUGGUGAAGCUCAGAAGAUCGACAGAAUGAUGGAAGCCUUUGCUCAGAGAUACUGCCACUGCAACCCCGGUGUCUUCCAGAGCACUGACACAUGUUACGUGCUUUCUUUUGCCAUAAUUAUGCUGAACACGAGCCUCCACAAUCCCAACGUGAGAGACAAACCUGGAGUGGACCGCUUCAUCUCGAUGAACCGAGGGAUCAAUGAGGGGGGAGACCUACCAGAGGAGCUGCUCAGAAAUCUCUAUGAAAGCAUUAAGAAUGAGCCCUUCAAGAUCCCGGAAGAUGACGGCAAUGACCUGACACACACCUUCUUCAACCCUGACAGAGAGGGCUGGCUUCUUAAGCUUGGGGGAAGGGUGAAAACCUGGAAACGUCGAUGGUUCAUUCUCACAGAUAACUGCCUUUAUUACUUUGAAUAUACCACAGACAAAGAGCCACGAGGUAUCAUUCCCUUGGAAAACCUUAGCAUUCGAGAAGUAGAAGACCCAAGGAAGCCUAACUGUUUUGAGCUGUACAUCCCCAACAAUCGUGGUCAGCUGAUUAAGGCGUGCAAGACGGAGGCUGAUGGGCGAGUAGUGGAAGGAAACCACAUGGUGUACCGCAUCUCUGCUCCCACACCUGAGGAGAAGGACGAGUGGAUCCACAGCAUCAAAUCUGCCGUUAGUGUGGAUCCCUUCUACGAGAUGCUUGCUGCCAGGAAGAAACGUAUAUCACUUAAGAAGAAAGAGGAGCAGCCAUAGAUCACGCCCUUCGCUCUCUCCCUGUCUUCCUCAGCUCCUUCAUCCCUGCUCCUUCAACUCGUUCAUAAGUUUUGAUAACCCCUCCUUCCUAAUCCCUAAAAGCCGUCUCUUCCUUUUAUGAGGACUCUUCCUUGCUGCCCUGUCUGCCAGACUUUUGAAAAGCCACAUUCAGAGUGAGAAGCUCACCCUGUGUGGCUGCCUCUUAUCUUGGUUCUUACACUACUGCUGUUACACACUACAGGCGUGUGUUAGACCAUAUUCACACCAGUGCUGAUCAUCUCUAAAACACCUUUUUUGGCCUUUAAGCCACACUCAUUAUACUUGGUAAUGAGGGACCUGAAAAAGCUAAGAUUAGCUAAGUUUGCACCUCACAGGAACUAAAAGGUUCCUUUAUGCUGCUGGUUAUUUGUUUUACUAAACACCUGCAAACAUUUGGGAAGUUUGAUGUUUUCAGUGGAACUACUCACACAAAGUCUUGGAAUCCGGCACUUUUCUCAUGUGCAUUUGAGCUUUAGAGUUUAAAUUCAGUAAGUAACAAAUAAUGACUCACUGCUUUGUGACUGGCUUGAACUUUCAGACAGUAAGGCGGGAUUUAGACUUCUGCAGGGAAUCUAGGUAGAGCCUACGGCAUAACCCACGUAAGCAGCUGACGUCGUUACCGGCAUUUACGCUUCUGUAACAUGUAGCUGUGUCCCAGGGUUUAUAUGCUGCUGGGUCCCCACUGUUUGCUGCCAUUAGUCUUUUUGUUUUUAUUAGGGGUAAACAUAUUUGUCCUUGUAGUUUUUCCACUUCUAUGUACAUUCCCUCAUACCCAUGCCGAUAGUUUCUGUAAUUUCUCAUUAAUGCAUCGACCCGAUGUAUAGUUACAUUAGUAGGAAGGUGCACGUCAGGUUACGCUGUAGGGUUACACAUGGGUUUGCAGUAACGGCGUAGCUACAACGCAGAUUUCCCACUGAAGCAUAAAUCCCCAGUAUCACCACCAGUAUCAUUAAGCAGAGAUCUUUCUGGGGGAGGGGGGUAUAAUAAUGCUCGCGCGACUUGAUUUAGGCCUUGAUUUAGGCCUUGAUUUAGGCCUUGAUUUUCUGUCUUGAUCUCUGCUGAUCUUGUCCAUUUUUGUGAGUCUUGCAUUUCAUCACACAAACCCCCUACAAAUAGCAGCGAGUUGUUCAACACAAACACUCUAGGCUGGCUUGAGCCCCUACUGCAUGCCUGUUGGAAAAUAACUCUUAUUUUCUUUUCUUUUUUUGGCACAUGUAGUGGAUUUUUGGGAGGUGAUCUGAAGACGCAGGUGUGGAUCCAAAACCAAUGCAACAAACAUCUGUCAGAGAUUUGUCUGCAUUAGUGUGAAUGUGGUCUUUUUCAGGUUAGAAGUCCUCUGAACCUAAACGAGACAUUGCCUUUCUUGAUUGUGCAUACCCUAGACAAAAUGUGAAUUCACUACACAAACACUAAUACGUCUAAAGUUGAGUUAGUGGAGUGAGGAUGGAAACGAGUGAUUUCAGAUGACUAACUUGUUCUCAUUGCUUCCUGUAGUACAGUUUUACAUUACUACUCGUCCACAUUUGGGUACUGUAGACACGUCAUUACUGUACAUUAGCACAAUAUUUAUAUUUCCAGGUUACUGUUGAUCAUGAAGUACGGUCGAGUUGAGACGAGCAUAAGCAGACAGCUGCGCGGUUAAGCUCACUUAGACAAUAUAUAAAUGUUCUUUAGCAUGUUUCUCUAACAUGUUUGAGCAAUAGCAGAGUAGAAAAUCAUAGUACCAGUUUGGAGGCUUGUUAACAAAUCCUUUAUACCACUGACACUGAGCGGUUAGCAUCAUGUUCUCGCAGAUGUAACGUUAUAGCAUGCCACACAUCAUUUUCAGCACUACAAGACGAACAUGUCUGACAUCAAACUGUUAGUCGGGUCUGUCCGCUAUAGUGAGUUUUAAGGAAUCACAAAGGCAGCUCAUUACAAUGUACACUUUUUGUAAAUAGAUGUUAGCAUAUUUGUUUACAAUACACAUAGAAAUGAUUUAAUUUAUUCUUUUGUUUUGUUUUUUUGUAUGAGCUACUGUUUUACUGCAUGUCGAUAAACUGAGGCGUCGGUCAUAGAUCUGAUGCAUCACUGAUCAUGCUAGUGCACUGGUUUGAGAAGUGUUAGUGUUUCCUGUUGACUUGGAGAAGAUUUAAAAUGGAAGAUUGUUAAUGCAAAGGUUUAUGACCCCAUUCAGUUGUACCUUUUUUUGAGAGAAUGAAGUUUUGUAGUCUGAUUUAACUCUAACCACACACUACAUUAUUUUAUUUAUUGCUGAGUAAAUCAGACCCAGUAAAGCACAAGCAGAGAUUCGGUCUUAGGCUUCGGUUGUUACACGAUCGAGUCCAGAUGAAGUGUGAGGGAGCCGUUUACAAACCGAAGCUACUGAAGACUACAGUGUUUUAAAAUGAAGAGAAGCGAGACGAGAAAUACUUCAAAAUAUCACAUAGAAACAUUUAUAUGUAAAGAACAAGACUUUUAGAUUUGUUUCCCGUCGUCGAUCUUAAUCUAGUAGUUUAAAGAAUUGGCGCUUUAGAUGGCAGAGAAUAUGUUUGUUAACUGCACUUUAUCGAUGUUAGCAUUUUGGAAAACAGUACUCUAAAGCAGGGGUGUCAAACUCCAGUCCUCCAGAAGUUUUGAAACUUUUACAUGUAUCCCUGUUGCAACACAUCUGGAAAAAUUAGUAGGUCAUUAGCAAGACUAUAGAACUUGACUGCAUGCUGAGGUGGCAACCCCUAACCCUUCCUCAAGUAAAUUUAAAUAAAUGUUAAGUGUUUGGGAAAAAUGUACUUCUAAUUGUCCUUUAAUGUACCAUGUUCAUUCACUCAUGAGCUGCUGUAACAUGAAUAAAAUGGCUGAACUGCCACCUUAGCAUGCAGUCAACUUCUAUAGAGUCUUGCUAAUGAUCUGCUAAUUUUAUUCAGGUAUGUUGCAGCAGGGAUGCAUGCAAAAGUUUCAGGACACCAGCCCUCGAGGACUGGAGUUUGACACCCCUGCUCUAAUGGAGUGUCUGCACAGGAAGCAAUUAAGAGAUUAUAGAAAGUGAACGACUUUCAACGAUUUCAAGGAUGUUUAAAAAACAACAACAACAACAAAAAAAGAAAAAAAACAGGUGAAGCAAAGCAGAUGGAUCCAGAGGAAAAACCUUUCUUUCCUGAACUGAACUGAAGCUACCAGUGAGAGCGCAGGAUACCGGUGAUUGACAUAGAGGGUUACUCAGGAUUGGGGCCACAUUUCCAGUGAUGUGAAUGCUGUACCGGUCUGCUGUGGAGAGAGAGCUGAGUGUAAAGAUGAAGGUGUCUCAGGAUACACUGGGGAGUUUAUCUCUUUAUGCUAGCUGGGGAACACCACCUCGGUGUUCUCCUCGAUCAGCUGAGGGAGGUGACUGGGGAGAGGGAGGGAUGUUUGGGUGUCUCUGCUCCAACGUCUGCCACUGAAACUUGAUCGGUGGUUGGGUUACUCAGGCAACCAAAUCCCAGAGUGACCCGAAAUGUUCACUGCUCAGCUUCAAAGAGGUGCGACAAGCAUAUCAUUCCCUGUUUUUACUGCCAGGUUGAAUGUCAGUCACCGCUAUCCUGCAGCGUUGAAAGAGUCAUCUGGGAUCCGCCCACUUUGCAUCAUCAGCAUGUUUGGUUAUUUUUUAUUUUUCCCUGGCCGUAGUCGGGUGAAGUCGUUGAAUAUCACUAACUUUCUGUGGUUUCUGAUCGCCAUGUCGCUGCAAAUUGCUUCCUGCGUAGAUGCAGUUUAAUAUGCUGAAGUGUGAACUGUGUCGAUACAACACCUCAUCAGUUCCAGCUGUGUAGCAGCAGAUGUUGAUCAUGUUGCUUUAAGCUGAAUGGGGUCUUCCCUUUUAUGAUUCACCCUCCAGGGUGUCACUUUAUCUUUCAUGUUUGUGCUUCUUGUUCAUCACAGAGACUCUCUGUAGGCCUUCACUUUCUGGGUAUUCUUGAAAUGCAAAGUUGCCAAAAAGAAUAAUAAUAUUUUCAUUCAUAUUGCAAGAAUGAACACUAAAGUGAACUGAAUGAAGCUGGACCACUGUUUCUGAUUCCUUUCACCCCAGAGCCGCCACCUUCAGAAAACGUGUUUAUUUUGUAUUUAUUUAUUUUUGUUUACUGUGAGGUGAAGAUGGAUAGAUCAUCUGUAAAUGUAGCAAAAAGGAAAACCGUGAUACAUUGGUGCCAGUAAACUACUGUGUAACAAUAAAAGGUAAAUGGAGA